GAGUCAAUAGUGUGCUCAAGAUUUUCCGAGAGAUUUUCUUUUUCGUCUUCUUUCUUUAAUCUUGAUACAGUGGAUCUAAAAGGGCCUUGGGGCUGGGAUUAUUAUAAAUACCACCAUUGCUUCAAGUGGUGGAUGUUAUGAGCAGCUCCGGCGGUAGCAGGCACAGACCAAGACGUAGGAGCCAUGAGCGUUCAACCAGUGGUUACGGGGGAAGCAGAUCAGAGCUCUCCUCGUCCUCCUCAUCCUCUCGCUACUCCAAUGAUCCUCCGCCAAGAUUCGCUAACAGAGCUAGUGGCAGUUCCAGCAACUUGUCGUCUUCAUCCUGGGAUCAUGACUACAGCGGGGGCAACAAGAGGAGAGAUGGAGGAGGGCCUGGUUCAAGACAGCAGAACAGAGGAGUAAACUUUGAUGAUGCUUCUGUCAAUCAAUUACUGAACAGAUUAGAUCAAUGCAACGAUAAUGAUAAAUACAAUCGUAUCAUAAGACAGCUUCAAGACAUGCUGGAAACAGCCGACCAGAGGCUAAUUGGUAAGAAUUUGUCUGUGAUACUGGAUACUCUACAAAAUGGGAUUGAGAGGUUCUACAAGACAUCAGCUGCUACGCUAGAGCAGUGUUUGUCUUUAUUGAUAUCGUCUAGCAGAGACUCACACAAUUUGUUUGACUGGAUAUUUUCAAGUGUUCAUUCUGAUCAUAUUAGCGAUGAUGUUAGAACCGUCUACCUUUCAGGACUCCAAAAAUCUCUUCAAAAUGAUGGCGACAAGCAUACAUUCUCAAAUUCAUUACCUUUUAUUGCUGAGAACCUCCAGUCAGUACUUGAAGUUGCUGACACUCCUUCUCUUCUUGAGGUUGUGGUACGUAAUCUGUUGCACAUUGCAAAAGUAUCACCAAUGUACAUCAGCCCUCACUUUAAUAAUGUUGUUGAUAUACUUGUUGGAUGGCACAUUGAUACACAUCAAGAUGAAUCACUCAUCAAGUUCAUUGCUGAUUCUCUCAUCUCUUUGCAACAAUUUUGGGUUGAAGACAUUACUUUCUCCGUUGAUCUUUUGAAACAAUUUCUGGAGGAUAUGGAUGCAUACACUAAUGAGUUAACUGGUAUGUCUGAUAAUGCUCCUGUUUCUCCUGAUGACCAGUCCACUCCUGAGCAGUGUCUCUCAAAGCUAACAGCUCUCAUCAAGGUGUUCACUACUGUAUUGAAGGCACUUGGGACUAAUUUCUCGCCAUCUCGUUCAAACGUAUUGCCUGCUGAUGUUAAAAAGGUUGUGAGUCGUAUCAUUGAGUAUGUGGUGAUGUCAACUGAUGUCAUGUAUUCUGAAGAUUUAUUAAUAACUGGUAAUGAAUGCCUCUGUCAGCUCUCAAUAUGUCUUCAAGCUUAUUUCUCCUCAACCUUCAGCAAUGAAGUGGUUGAUUAUAUAAUGCGUCAGUUUGACCCUUCAGACGAGCAGGAGCUCCCUUCGAAUGAAUUAGCAAUGUCAAUGAUCAAACUGGUUAUGCAGAUGGCUGAAGACUCUCAGAGCUCAUUGCCGACUCAGUUCCUCCAGAGACUCCUGUCACUGGAAUCACCUUUCCUCCUCAUUAGAUCCAGCAGUAAUGCUAAGGCCUUAGAGAUGCUAUUGAGCUACUUUCAGACUCUUCUCUCUAUUAGGAACAUUCCUAUUGUUGAAACAGUGUACAAGCUACUGCUUGCUGACUUAGAGAGUGCCAUGGACAUGCUAAGCAAGAGCUUCACUGACCCUCUUUAUGAGAGCAAUCCUGACGUCUCACUGAGUGUCUUUGAAAUGCAAAUAUUUGCAAUAUUUGAUGUGACCGUCCUCUCUCAUGUUGCCAAAUCCUCAAAGUCUAUCAUCGGAAUGUGGUCUCCUACUCCCUCUGUCUUCUCUGUACUCACCUCCUACUUGACUUUCCUCACUCCUGAGAUGGCAUCAGAGUAUCCUUCAGUUCACUUUGCUUUGCUCCACAGCCUCUUUCAAGACUGGAUGAAUAAUGGUAAUUACAUACCUAAUCCUGGUUCAGCGUUCAGGCCAAUAGAUCCAGCUGAUGGAGGCUCAGGCUCUUUAAAGUCUCCCUCUUACGCUGGCUCACUGACUGAUGUUAUAAUUGAGGUCACAAGACAAUUGCACAAGUUUGACUUAUCUUAUGAUGUAUGUCAUUUAUUUCAAAGAUGGACUGCUGAUAUAUCAGACUGCAUAUCUACCAAUAAAGACUUGUAUACCCAUUCCAACCUUCAGCUGCUAAUGGACAACCUCUGCAUGGAGCUACUCACAUUGACAUUUUCUCGUGAGCACUCAGUAAGAUUAGAGAAUGCAUCCGUCCUUAAAGGUUUGAUUCAAAAUAAUGUUGUUGGAGAUAAAGCUAUUGCAAAAUGUGUCCCUGAGGUUGUGAUGAGACUCUGUGACACAAGAGGGGAAAUAAGAGCAGCCUACUCUGCCCUUUUAGAAGUCAUACCAACUCAUAUUAUCACCAGUUUUAAUAUCGGCGUUGAGGAAUUCCACCCGCCAAACGGUCGUAAGGGGCUGGAAGGUUUGAGGAGUUGCAAGGGAACUCAUCACGCUCGUCAUCUCCACAUGACCAAACCAUCACAAGUCACGUUCCAUGGGCACCACUUUAGAGCUAUAAUGGGUUUCAUUAUGAAUGGACUAGCUCCUAGUAAGCACUUACCUGAUGAUUGGUUGGAGCGCAUGUAUCACUCGUGUCAGCACAGGAGACCACCUCCUGAUGCGCUGGAUCAUCCAGAGACUCACCCGUUGCUCAUGUCCCAGCUCGUGUGUAACUGUGAUGCCCUCCUCUGGUUCUGGGCCACCUAUGAAUCAGCCCAGUAUUGUUUAUUGGCUAGACUCAAGACACCUCUUGGAUCACCUAAUGAUACAUUCAGAGCAUUAGAAACUGUUAUCAGAGGUUAUGCUCAAGAGGUAGAAGCUAACGGAGCCAAGAACAGCAGAGACACGCCCUCUGCUUUCACCGGACACUCCGGAGCAGGGCUGGGCCCGCGCCAUUACACCGUUCAUUUGAGAGCUGUCCUCCUCCUUCAAUUCAUGGAGCAUCUCGAUAAACUCAUGUACAAUGCUUACGAAGGAUCCUGUGUAACGCUGCCCCUAGUCCCUAAAGCAGUCAAAGGAUUCUUCAGGAAGAACAUGGAGGUCUGUCUGAGCUGGUUGAGUAAUGUUAGAGGAUCCCUAGUCUCAGUGGCUACUCAUGCUGGCCUGCCUUCUGUGGCUCUAAGGCACGGGUUUGCUGCACUCCAGUCACUAAUGAGAACCAGAUCAGUUCAAAGUCAAAGUCCCGAGUUCUUUAAGAUCCUUGUCAUGGUCAUCCAUGCUUUAAUACAACUCAAUUCGUGGGAGGCCAUUCGUGGUAUGGGGGUGUGGCUAAAGGGAAUAACAGGAGCUCCUCCUCUCUGGAUUGCAGCUGCUGAAGCUCAGGCUAAAGGAAGCUUUGAGUCGGCUUGUGAGGAUUACAUCAAAUCACUGGAGCUGCCUAUGGAUAGCUAUGUACAGAGCUUUGUGAAUGAUAGGAUAUGCGAGUGCUAUAUAUCCCUGGGUGAAUGGAAAGAUGCCGAGGAGCUUCACAGAAGAGCCAGCAUGCAGCACUACUCUGAGUCUGAGGGCUCUGGACUUAGCUAUGACCUUAGCAAAAUGCAGGCGUUGAGUUAUUUUGAACAAGGUGAUUUCUCGUCCGUUAAAGAUUGUCUUGAGAGCCAAGUUGAGAGUCGUCACUGGGGGCGUGACCCUGAGGUGAUACCGCUCUGGGACCCGAACCAGUUACUAUCAACCAGUGAGACUCUCCUACUGAGAGCCUCUACACUACAAAUGGACAUAUCUGACGAUGAUGAAUCUAGCAGUACCACCUCUGACGAUAACAUUUCAAGUAUUCAACGUUGGUUAAAGUUAGCCUCAGCGUAUGCAGAGAGUCCCCUUAGGGUUGGUUGUCUAGAGUGGCCGUUGAGACUCUCUCCUUAUCAUGCCCUCCAGUUACAGGCCUCUGCUGCAUUCCGUCUCCUCACUCCGUUAAAGUCCCGUCACGCUCACCCAACCAGCUCCAGUCUCCUCUUACACUCGCUGCCUAUGAAGUCCCUCAAUCCUGCUCGCCACGAUAACGCUAUUUGGAACACUGCCCGCCGCUACAUGUCACACCUUUCCGGUACUUCAGUCAGUACGACUGACCGUACUCCCUCUCUGUUACUAGAAGCGUAUCGACUUGCACGUAAACACAAUAACCUUAAACUAGCUCGAAUGUUGAUCCAGCAGCACAUCCAGCGAUUGGCCGAGCCGCUCUCAAUGGUUAGUGGUGACGGGUUGUCGGUAGGUGAGUCGAGUGGACUAUCAGGAGCCGUUGAGGGCAUGCACUCGUCUGUCGUCAUCACGUCAAAGGAAAAGUUCCGCAACAUGAGGGAGCUCUCUAAACUCUAUGCUUGUCUCGGACAGACCAGCGAUGCUGUUGAUAGUCUCACCACAUCAAUAAGCACAUUCUGUGAUACUGAGAGCAAUAAAGGAGCUGGAGGGGUAGCUGGGAACGAACUCACUGGUAGAGGAUUACUGACUCUCGUCAAAUGGUUGCAGUCCGAUGCAAGGCUGCUGGGUACGCUCUGGCGUCCUGAGUUUGAGACCGGACGAAAGCUUGAGAGUCUGUUGACUCAAGAGAUCCUCUGUAGGCAGGACAGGAUGGGCCUGUAUCGUAACUCAGGGCCAGAGGAAGCUUCAGAAUUAUUUCAACCUGACUGCUCUGUGGCUAGGUUUGAUAAGCAUGAGUAUGGUAUAGGGCAGCUCCUUCAUUUAGCAACCAUUCAUUGUCCUACGUUAGCUAAAGCCUGGUGGUUGUUGGCUGGCUGGUGUUAUCGUAUUGGACGCAAGAAUCUUGAGGCACUCAGCUCCACCGGGACUGCUGAACUACUCACACACGAGCAGAGAGAAGUUGAUCAGAUACUGGGAAAGCUAGUUACAAGUGAGGAGAGAGCUGGCAUUUUAAAGGUUCUUGGUCAAGUUCACAUUGCUGAUGAUAGUUCUGAUGAGGACCUUAAAGUCAGGGAACAACUGAAGACACUUGAUAUGGAGGAAGACACUAAGUCAGUCAAAGGACAGUUAUUGACUGUGUGCCCAUCACUGGAGAAUCUCCCAUCAUUGGAUCCAUUGUUGAGUAUAUGGCAUGGAGUAAGGAAGAGAAUGUUCAUGCACUAUCAGCUAUCAGCUAGAGCUUACUUCCAUUUCCUUAAACUAUCAGGUGAGCAGGCUGGUUCAUCUCCUGGUCUUGAUGACAUGAAUGUCACUGCCUCAUUGAGAUUGUUAAGAUUACUCGUCAAAUAUGCCGGAGAACUUAAAGCUGAACUUGAGACCGGGUUCUCAGCCACACCCACGAAACCGUGGAAAGGUAUAAUCCCUCAGUUAUUUUCAAGGCUCAAUCAUCCCGAGGCUAACGUCCGUCAGAGUGUCUCCGACCUGUUGUGUCGGGUUGGUCAGGACUCACCUCACUACAUCAUUUAUCCAGCCAUUGUGGGGGCAGCCAAAGGAGCCGAAAAGAAAUCAGCUUUCUCAGGUAUUCUUGGUGGCGGACAUGGCGAAGAAGGAGAGGAAGAGUCUAACUAUAACAACAUUGAUAAUAAUGUGAUGGGAAUGGAUCAGUUCUCACCUCCUGAUACACUACAAGACAACAUGGACCAAGACAUGAUUGAGAAUUCACCGUCGGAAUUAUCCAGCCUUGACAGGUGUCUUGCAGUCAUUGUUGAUUCACUGACACAGAAAAACCCCAUAAUGGUGAAAGCAGUGAGGGACCUUGUAUCAGAGCUCUGUCGCAUCACCCUGCUCUGGGACGAGAUGUGGCUGGCAGCACUGAUGCAGAGACAGGGCGAGGUACACAGGAGACUCCUCCAGAUUGAAGCUGAGACCAAAAGGACGUUUGCUAUACAUAAUCACGUGCUUAGUAUGGAGCGGAAGGAAGCUGUCAUGAGACAGAAGUAUAUUGCCACAAUGAAACCAUUGCUUUGGGUGUUAGAGUAUUUAGCUGCAGUUACAGCCCAGCCCCCUGAGACACAGAAUGAGCGUCAGUUUCAAGCCGAAUAUGGCGAACUCAUUACAAUGGCAAUACAGAAACUCCAGAAUCCAAGCAACUACAAGAGCUCCAUUAAUGUCUGGGACCCUUUCAAACAACUUCAGCAGAUGUUAAUGCACAGGGCACAGAAGAGGAUGCAGACCCCACUGAGUCUCAAUGAGAUCAGUCCUCACUUGGCAGCUAUACAGUCAUCAUGCAUUUCAAUGCCUGGACACAGUCAAAUGGAUGAACCUGUUCUAUUGGAGUCAUUCUGUCUGGACGUGUCUGUCCUUCCAACAAAGACGAAACCAAAGAAGAUAUCAAUGAUAGGGUCCGACGGCCGGAGACACACUUAUCUCUUCAAAGGAUUGGAGGACCUUCAUCUUGAUGAGAGGAUAAUGCAGUUCAUGGCUAUCGUUAAUAACAUGUUUGCUAAAGCUCACAAACAUCAGACACAGUUGUAUUUGGCUCGUGAUUAUGCUGUAAUACCAUUAGGUGCACGCUCUGGUCUUAUCCAGUGGGUCGAUAAUGUUACCCCGUUGUUUGGUAUUUAUAAGAGAUGGCAGCAAAGAGAAGCACUAGCUAAAGCAAUGCAGCAAGCUGGUUCACAGCCUACAGCUCCGUUACAAGUUCAAGUCAGGAAGCCCAACGAGCUGUUUUAUGCUAAGAUCAUUCCUCUCCUCAAUGAGAAAGGGCUUAAUGAACACACUCCACGCAAAGAGUGGCCCCUCGGCAUACAAAUGAGAGUACUCAAAGAACUAAUGAACGAAACCCCUAGAGACCUACUAACAAAGGAGUUGUGGUGUGCUAGUUCAUGUGCAUCAGAGUGGUGGGCAGUCACUCAGACCUACUGUCGCUCUACUGCUGUAAUGUGUAUGAUUGGGUACAUCAUUGGGCUGGGUGACCGCCAUCUUGACAAUCUACUGGUAGAAUUCACCACUGGACAAGUUGUCCAUGUUGAUUAUAACGUUUGUUUUGAGAAAGGAAAGAGCCUUCGUGUCCCUGAGAGAGUUCCAUUCAGAAUGACACAAAACAUUGAGAAUGCUCUAGGAUUCACUGGAGUUGAGGGUUUAUUCCGUAUUUCCUGUGAAGACAUUUUGCGUAUUCUUCGUCGAGGAAGAGAAACACUAUUGACACUGCUAGAGGCGUUUGUAUACGACCCGUUGAUCGACUGGACACAGAGCGAAGAGGCCGCCUUCCCUCUGGCUAUGAGAACCACAACUGAGCUCGGAGUGAGACAAACAAGGAAGGAAAUGGAAUGGGAAGUAGCCGAAGGAAUGCUCAUUACUAAACUGGCUGAGUCUGAACCACACUGGCAGAAAAACAGAGAGAACUUGUGCUCUGUGCUGCUUGCAUUGGAGAAGCAUCUUAAUGACAUAGCAUUGACUAGUGAGCAGAUGGUGGGCUAUCAGGAGAAGAUUGGCAAACUUGACAAAGAGAUCAGCAUAUUGACAGAAGCUGUGUCCACACCCAACCAUCCACUCAUAUCAAUGCAAGACAGGCUAUCGGAGCAGAGUCGUCUCUCUGCCGAACAAAAGAGAUUACUAUCACUAAUCAAAGAGAAAUAUGAUGACAGUUUAGAGUGGAACCAGAAGUACAAAUCUGUAUUUACUUCAUUGCAUUCGACUGAUAAAGAAACAACUCUUCAAAAACUAGCAGCCAUGAUGAGAGAGCCACUAGACUUGGGCUCAUCAGGUCAUGAACCAGCAGUUGAGUUCUUACAGAAGACAGGACAGGCACACACUGUUGAAUCUUGUGAUCAGCUGGAAGAUGAACUGGUAAGUUUAUUACAAAGACGAAGGACGGUUAUCCAUGGAGCACUGGAGGCACUCAACCAGUAUAGAGUCAUCACCUCUCAGUUCCCCACAAGAUACUUGGAGCAAUCAAGGAGCUACCUUUGGGAGCACUGCCUGGAUGAGAUUGUUAACUCCAGUACAGAGAUACAUCAUGAUCAGUUUAUCAAGAUUGUUGAAUCGUUUGAGAGUCUUUUGGGUCCCUCACCGCCCACUCGACUAAUAAUGGCAACUGAUAAUAAACUAAGGAAACAAAUUCAAGAGCAAGGAACUAAAUUCCAAAAGCUAACAGAGCGUGCCCAAGCACUAUCAUCAAUUGACAUGAAAGAGCUUGAUCUAACUGUUAAAGAAGCUCAUCAGAACUUACAAAAAUUCUGUCAAGAUAAUCCUGAUAGUGGACCACAUGCUUUAGCUUGCUUUAUUGUCAUUGCACUGUGUCCUCUUAGUAGGAGAUGGUUAUAUAUGGAACAAACUGCCAGAACUGCUCGUGAUAGAUUGAGUGAUCUCACGUCGCGUGAAGGUGACUGGUUUAUGGAUGAGUUGUGUACAAUGGGUGGAAAUGUGUUCCAAAUGUCAAGUACACUAGAAACUUGUCUCAGUUAUCUUGGUCAUGAUAUUCAGUCUGAUACACUAGUGAGGUCUUGUUUGGAUUCAGUUGCUGCUGUCCACAGUGUCUACUCUUCUAUGCUGGAUCUUGUCAAUAAGUUCUAUUCUCUUGUGAUGCCUGAAGUAUCAAAGAGUAUAAUAUCAGAUGAUCCUAGUUUUGUUCAGAUGUUGGAUGAUGUUGCUGAUAUUAAACUAACAAUGUUCCCUGAGCUACCAUUACCUGAUGCACUGAGGAAACUCAUAGAGCAUCUAAGGCAGUGUGCAUUAAAGAAUGUACCUGCUGAUCUUACCACCACUGCUGCUGUAGAGGACCUUAAGAACAAACUAUCAACUAUAAUGUUCUCAUCUGAAUGCGAAGAGGGACAUGAUACUCCAUCCCUGACGCAGGCUCAGGUUAUCCUCAAUGGGUUGAAUAGUUUAUUUGAAGCAGUUGAGAGUCAGACACUGAACAUGUUGGAUCAGGUGGAGGAGAUCACUGUACCUGAUGAAUGGAGGAACACUGACCUUGUCAAACAGACUAAAGAAGUUAUGUGUACUACUGCUGGAUUGUUCUUGAAAGAGGAUUUACUGUUUGUGCGUAAAGUCUCGUCGAUUGUUGACUUUUGUUCCGAAUGUAAGAAUCUCAUGAAAGCAUUCAAACUGGAGCUGACAUCAGAUGGUGGAGGUGAGUAUUUGAGUCUUGUCAGUCCUCCUGGCACCCCCAGCAAGAGGAGCUCAUCAUCAGUCCCUGUACCAACCGACCAGCAAUUGAGUCACCCCAUCAGAAGAUACAUAUCAGAGACACUCAUAUGUCACGUACUAGGCCAACCCUCUUAUGCCCUCACUUGUCUGCUUGUCUGUACUGUCACUCAAUACCUUGAGGCUCCAAUACAGUUUGGAAAACCAACUACCAUUGAAGAGAUGUGCAAAGUGGCUAAUGAGCACUGUCAGUCAAUGCUUCCAUUAGGUGUGGUGCAGCAUGCAAGGACAUUGUUCUCACAUCAUGAUGUGGCAUGGAGGGAAUGGGAUAAAGCAAGGCGACUCACGACUAAUCUUGAAAACUGCAAGCAAAGCAUACAAAGAUUGAAAAACAUUACAAUGAGAUUUCAAUGGUUGCAUGAGGAGUCACUGAUUGUUCCUGAUGCUGUACAUACUUGGGUAGUACAGCAGAGAUCAGCAUUGCUGACUGUCAUUAAAAAGGUCCUGUCAGAGCAAUUGGCCACAUCAAUUGGUAAUGUGAUUGAGAAGAUACACAGUCAGCAGUUUAGAAUAUCGCAGCGUCUCCAGUGGGCAGCUGGCGCCAACUCAUCGCUCAAUAAAGUCAUUGAUGAGUUCCAGAGAGCCUGCAAUCAUCACAAGACAAUGCUAGAGAGAGAGGAGUCGAUAUUCAUUGAAAUGGAAGAAAUGGCUAAAGCUAUCAUUCACUUAGAGUCGUCGCACACACGAAUACCAGCCCAGACCUCAUCUGAUAGAGAGACUAUACAGAUACUUCAAAGGUGCAGUGACGUGACUGUGAAACUUAAACUAUGUGGAGAGGAACUGACACAGCUAUCAGAUAUAAUGCCUCAUCUGCAGUUGCCAAGUGAUGGGAGUCCUCUCAACAAGGAAUGGAUCCAAAAGAGAUUGGACGAAGCAACUUCCGAACGCACUAAACUACAAGGAGACAAGAAAUUCUCAAACAACAAAGUUGUGAAGAACAAAGAGAAUGUUCUAUCAGAGCUAGAGAAGUUGCGUUCUCUUAAUCGACAGCAUCGUAAGUUGCUAGUUGAGGUUUGGCAGCAACUGACAUCACUAGCUAAAUUGGAGGACCCUCCUGCUGCUGGACAGCUUCAACCAGGACCAAGGGCAUUUAUCAAUCAUCAGAACAGAUUCGGAGAAGAGACAAAGAGUUUCAUACAAUCCACACAAGAUCUUAUUGCUUCAGAUAUGUCUCUUACUUCCAAGCCUUCUUGGACAAGCAAGGCUCGUGCUGAAGAGUUCCGUCAGCUUGGUACAAUGGCUGUCAAUCUUAGAGGAUUAGCUGAAUGGAUAUUGGGACAGCUCCUCUCAUUCACUGAGCAGUUGUUUAUUAAUCCGUACUCAAGCAAACUAAAAUGGCAUGAACCACUUCAGCUGGAAUCAUCAUCAAUAAGUUUAAAGAAUCGUUCCUCCAGUCUCAGUGUAGCCAGUCAGAGUGGUCAACAAGACUCUGAGCAACAAAGCAGAAUUUAUCGUUCCAGUCAAGGUAUUGUCAGAGACCUAAGGACAGGAAAAGCUCUUCAGGAGCAGAAUUCCUAUGCUGUGAGUGUCUGGAGGAGAGUAAAAGGUAAACUGGAUGGCAGGGACCCUGAUCCAGCCUGUCGCAUGACGGUAGCUGAACAAGUCAAGUUUGUCAUUGAUGAAGCUACUAGCCCUGAAAACUUGUGUCAACUUUAUGAAGGCUGGACCCCCUGGGUCUAGUGCUUGUGUGGAAUUAACUAAUAAACUUAAGUCUAUCAGUAUAGACUGUAUAGUGAUAAUCAGUAGUGUAGUGUUGAUAUGGCCUAUAGUAGUAAGGUCGUAGUAUUAGAAUUUUAUUUUGAGGACUCUUUUGUACUUAACUGUCAUUCUUGUUUUUUUGCAAUCUUUUAAGUAAUACCUAA